AGUAUUGUUUUCUUAGCUGCUGCCGGCAUUACGGCACAAUAUUAUUCAAUAAUGCUCAAAACGUGCGCGAAACAUUUAACAAACAAUUAUGGCACAAUGCGCUGCCUUUCGAUGCAGCCAUCGCACAUGAAUAUUUUCGACAGAAAUGCAAAACGACUACAAAAAGAAAGAGCGGCACUUAACCAAGAUGUGGCGCUAUAUGAUUAUCUUAAGGAGGAGGUGGGCUUCCGUUUAUCGGAUCGUGUGUUUGACAUAAAGCGCGAAUUCAAAACCGCUGCCGAUAUAGGCUGCAACCGUGGUUAUAUAUCAAAGCACAUCCUCGCCGAGUGUGUGGAGCACCUGACCUUGACCGACACAAGUGCCUCCAUGCUGGAACAGGCGCAGGGCACACCAGGGCUUCGAAUGAGCAAAUUACUGCAAGACGAGGAGCAACUGGAUUUUGAAGAGAACUCCAUGGACUUGAUAAUAUCUAGCUUGAGUCUGCACUGGGUCAACGAUUUGCCUGGCUGCUUUGCGCGUAUUAAACGUAGCUUAAAGCCGGAUGGCGUGUUUAUUGCUUCGCUAUUUGGUGGUGACACGUUGUACGAGUUGCGUUCCUCGUUGCAGCUGGCGGAGCUGGAGAGAAAGGGCGGAAUCGCUCCUCACGUUUCGCCCUUUACUCAAAUACGUGAUAUAGGCUCGUUGCUCAAUCGAGCCGGUUUUACGAUGUUAACCAUAGAUACGGACGAGAUAGUCAUCGGCUAUCCCAGCAUGUUUGAGCUGAUGUGGGAUCUGAAGGGCAUGGCCGAGAACAAUGCCGCCUUCAAUAGACCCGCCCAUCUAAGUCGCGAAACUUUAAUGGCAGCGAGUGCUAUUUACAAGGAGCUCUACGGCAAACCGAACGAGGAAGGCGUCCCAGCGACAUUUCAAAUUAUCUACCUGGUGGGCUGGAAGCCGGGGCCCAAUCAGCCGCAGCCACUGCCCCGAGGCACUGCUGACGUAUCCCUUAAGGAUCUGGGCAACAUAUUCGAAAAGGGCGGCAAAAUUAAAAUCGAUGCCGAAUCUUAAGCCUAUGAAUAUUUGCUAAACAAAUCGUAUUUAUGUUUGAAACGCACUUCAAAAAUUUAAUUUACAAUGAACUUGUAACUUAAAUAAAGUUAAAAUAAACUUAUUCUGA